CAAUAUAAAAAUAUAAUUAAGGUAGAAAGGAAAGCAAACCUGACCUCCCCAGGUGGGAAGGAAACUCCAUGACGCGGGGCUCAUGUUGUUUUCUUACUGCCUUACCCCAGAAACAGCUAGGACUUUCCUUGCUCAUCACAGCUGCACAGAAAAUACUGGUUAAGUGAAUGAAUGGGCCACUUCCUGUUUUGCUUUUCUUGAGCCACUCUUCCAAACCCCAGUAGCAAUCGUCUGCUACUCAUGUACUUAAAAAAACUUAGAUAUUCUCUUGAUUUGAUAAAUAACCUACACUUUAGGCUUCUUCAUUAUUACUUUUGUGGCAAAACAGAGAUUCAUUAGACCAACUUCCUCCAUAAUAUUUUGAAGAGAUCCUUUGAAAAUUUUAUUAAAAUUUAAACUUUACCUCUUUACUGUCUUCCAGGAGUUUCUCUUCCCCCUGUGUAAUCUCCAUUAUCAUUCAUGAAAAUGUUGAAUUGGCAGAAACCUCGCCUGGAGCGCCGAAUCGCUGGCUCAACCAACAGGUGGCGUUUCCCCAAAGAGUCUUUCUCGGGUGACCUGCUGGCACUUUCCCAGCUGUGCAAGUCUUUGAGCAUAGACUUCGAUGAGGCUCUGAGGAGCCCCGAUAGGGUAUACGUUACACAGAUUCAGAAACUUUUCACUGAAAAUCUCAAGAACAAGGCCAUCCAGAGUGGGGAGGCAGACGUGAUUCUCGAAUGCCUGGGCUACAAGUGGGAACUCCAUCAGCCCCAGCUUUUCCAGUCCAAGACCCUGACCAGGCUGUACCUUGUGGCCCUGUCGAGGAGCACCACGGACCCCCUGAGGGAACUGGACAAGCUUCUGAGAGCUCAAACACCUGGGAAGAGCAAAGAACCAUCCCCCAUAAAGAAGAUGACCAUUUCUUUGAAGAUCAACGACCCACUGGUCACCAGAGUUGCUUUUGCUUCGGCCCUGAAAAACCUCUACAUGAGUGAGGUGGAGAUGAACAUGGACGACGUGCUGGGAGUGCUGGCUUCUGCACACAUCCUCCAGUUCACCGCCCUAUUUCAAAGGUGUGUAGCCAUAAUGAUGAACGGGCUCACGCCGAGCACUAUCAAGAACUUCUACGUGGCCGGCUGCAAGUACAAGGAAGAACAGCUCACCAAGGCCUGUGAGAAGUGGCUAGAAAUGAACCUGGUCCCUCUGGUGGGGAAGCAGAUCCACCUUCGGAAUAUCCCUCAGGAGCUACUCCACAAAGUGAUAAAGUCCCCCAGCUUGUUUACCUUUAGUGAGUUUCAUCUUCUGAAAACAAUGCUUUUUUGGGUCUACUUGCAACUAAACCACAAAAUUCAGACAAUUCCCAUCUAUGAGACCGUGCUGGCAUUUUUUAACAGCUUUCCCAGGAAGUGUGCCUUUUUGGAUCGGGACACAGGACAGUGCUUAAUGCCGCUGUUCACCUGCCUGCGUCUGCAUGGCAUCACCAGAGGCAAGGAUCUGGAGGAGAUAAGGCACAUUAACUUCUUCCCAGAGGCCUGGCUGAUGCGCAUCACAGCCAACCACUAUCACGCACUUGAGAGCGGGGGCGACAUGGCCCACCUGAAAGAUCUCACCACCCAGGCUGUGCGAUUCGGGCUGCUCUUUACCCAGGAGUAUACGACUUAUUCAAAAACGAUUGCUGUGUAUGGGUUCUUCUUUGAGAUAAAGGGAAUCAAACAUGAUGCCACCUCUUAUAGUUUUUACAUGCAGAGAAUAAAGCACACAGACUUGAAAUUCCCCUCCACGGUCUGGGAGCACAGCCCAGUGAGCCUGAGAGCGGAACGCUUGAUGAAGUACGAAAUCAGAGCCCACACCCUGGUGGACGGCAAGUGGCAGGAGUUCAGGACCAACCAGAUCACGCAGAAGUUUGGCUUCGUCAAGCCGUCCUGCAAAAGCCACGCCUUGAAAAUCCAAACAGUGGGCAUCCCAAUCUAUGCAAGUUUUGCGUUCAUUUUCCCAGUGUCUUGA